AUGUCUACGGACCACGACGCGAUUGCUAGUUUAUGUGCACUUCGCUUUUUUGGAGCAAAUAAUCAAGUUCCCACUUUUAACGUGAUGGACAACUUUUAUGCCCAACUUACUCCUAUGAAAUUUCCUUCUGCUAAAGAAGCUGCCUCGUUUUGUAGGCAGUUGGCACGGGAAUACGGCUUUACAGUAAAGCAGGAAACUAGUUCCAAUAAGAACGUAUAUGUGUACUGUUCUCGAGAAGGUAUUUCUGAAAGUGUGAAAAUUGGUAGAGAGACAAAAAGAAAACGAGCAUCCCUUCGUUGUGACUGUAAAUGGAGGGUGGUCCUAUUUAGAAAUGAACAAGAAAAUAUUCCUGAACCAUGGCCUCCAAAUGUUCUGCAACGAAUUGCUGAUCUUGCAAAUUCUGGAUUAUCAACCGGAGACAUAAGAAAUACGAUGCAAAUGGAAUUUCCGAAUUUAUUGUGGGAUGAAAGGAGGUUUUAUAAUCGUCUGGCUGAAGAAAGGAAAAAAUUGAAAAUAAGAGAUACUGAACAACGUGUCAUUGAUACAAUAGUCCUGGCGGCUCGUCUUGCCUCUUUGGCAUGUUCCAAUAAAGAAUAUACUGAUAAAGUUCACACUGUUCUUCACAAGGCAUUUGAAGAUAUCUGCAGAAGUGCUAAAAUUGAUCCAUCAUCUGUCUUUAGUGACGGUUUAUCGACAUAUGGUGAUAUGACUGUAAUAACACCAUCUAUGUCAUCAAGUGCAGAUAUCAUAUGUACUUACCCAGCAGGCAUAAUAACUGUUAAAAAUAUUCCUGGGCAAAAAGGAAGACCAUCAAAAAAGAAUUUGCAUCAAUUACCACCUAAUCAGUCAAUCCCACCACAGUCUCAAUGUCAGCUCGAUCAAAUAGAUAAUAUAACACCUCAAAAUAUAUUAACUCCACCCAAUGAACAUUCCCCACAAUUGACACAACAAAUGAAUGUGUCCUUACAUCCACAAAAUAUGUCAUCCCCUCAAUCACAUCAAAACGGGCCGUUAUCAUCUCAAUUACAACAACAAAGCGGUUUACAUCUUCAAAAUAAUUUGGCUUUUCCUCGACUACAAAAUACCAAAGAUUUAAUGUUAUCACAAUUAAACGCUCAAAAUGUAUUAAUGUCUCCACAUAUACAGAAUUCAUCACCUUUAACACCGCAAACCCAAUCGCGGAUUCAAAUUCUGUCACAAUCGUAUUUUCAUUCUCAACCUCAAGAAGCCGUUGCACAAGGGAAUCAGAAUCCGCAUUCAUCACAGACACUUUCUUCUUCGCAACCACAAUCUCAACUUAUUCCACAAUACUUUCAAUAUUCGCGGUCACGGCCUCCACCACAAAAUAUAUCAAACGGAUCACCACAACAAAUACAUCUGCAGUCACAGCCAGACUAUUCAAAUCAGCAUAUUCCUCAGGUGGACCAGUCGCAAACUUUGUCCUAUUCACAGCAACUUCAACAGCCCAUUCCUCAAGUGCACCUACCACAAUCGUUACGCAUGCAAUCAAAGAUAUCCACUUUCCAGUUUAUGAAUGAGGAUAUGCCAGAUCAAAAACAAAUAUUGUCUCCUCAAAAAAGUACCAUUGGGCUUGAUAAUGCACCAAGAAUUGAGAAUACAAAUACUUAUGAUAAUGUAACUAGUUUUACAAAUAUCAACUCUAGGAUUGAGACUUCCGCUCAUUACAACCCAACAGGGGUUAAUAGAAUCUUCACUUCCGAGAUUCAGCCUUCCAACCUUACUCCUGUUAACCAAAUAAAUAAUACCAAUUCAUUUAAUGCCAACAAUUUUAAUAACUCCACCAUCUUUCAAGCUGUUCCUGAACGUAUUACCUCGUCUUUACCUUCACCUCCUCAACCUCAUGAGGUGUCACCGCCAAUGAAUUGGAUAAAUCAACAUCAAAGUCUUCAACAGCAACAUGCUAUGGCAAUAUAUGACGAUAAUAUGAAUAUAAAUUGA